AUGGCUUCCACACAUCAUCUUCGUAUUUUGGCUUUCGGUGCAUCACUUACUGAAGGUUUCUAUUCAGAUGGUUGUCUAUUUCAUCCAUAUACUAUUCGCCUUUCUCAACUUUUACGCCCAUUAUUUACGACAGUUGAUGUUGAUAAUGCAGGUUUAAGUGGUGAAGCAGUUUUAAGUGACACAAUGUUACCAAGACUUAAACGAUUAUUAUCAGUAGCAACAAAUAAAUAUAACUGGGUACUGAUUUUAGCUGGUACAAAUGAUACAAUACGUGAUCAACAAAAAGCUUCUCGAAUCUUCGAUGGUUAUAAAUUAUUAAUUAAUGAAUGUCAUAAACAUGGAGCUCGAGUACUUAGUAUGACUUUACCUGAAACAAUGUAUCCGCGAGAAUUACCAUUUGAUAAAGAACGACAAGAAUUUAAUCGAUUAUUACGAGAAGAAUUAGUAUCAAAAGAUAACUAUGAUAAUAAUAAUAUUGUAAUUCUUGAUGUUGAUCGACUUUUACCACAACAUUCACUUUCUUCUGUUGAACGUCGAGAGAUUUGGGAUGAUGGAGUACAUUUAACACCAAAAGGUUAUGAUCGAUUAGGACAAUUAGUUUUCAAUGUACUUAAACCUUAUCUAUCUUAG